GUUUUAAAAAUUUCGGUCCCUGAAUGAGACGAUAUCUGAACUUCCUUACUGCUUAUGUGCAAAAUUCAAGUUGCUAGAUACUGCGCUAGAAUAUAGAAAGAUUUAAUGUAUUGAAUUGAUAAAAGUUACCAUUAAUCUCAGAUUUAAACAUGAGCAGUGAUCAAAUUGCUUGCCCUGUUUGUUUCAAAGAAUUCUCUUCUGCGAUUAUAGAAGGUCAUGUUAGUAAAUGUUUAUUUUUAAACGAAUCUGGGAGCAAUGAAUCUUCAACAUCCUUUCAGGAUAGUAGUCCUGCAAGGAAAUUAAUGAAACUGAAUGACACAAAAGCAAAAAGGGGUAAUUUGGCGACGAUGAAAAGAAAAAAUAAUUUAACGGAAUCAACAUCAUUAAACAGAAAUAUUGAAAAUCAAAAAAUUGAAUCUAAUUGCAAUAUAGAUAAAGAAGUUAAAAAGCCUCUUGGAAAUGCCCAUGUACCACUUGCAGAACGGAUGAGACCUACAACACUUGUAGGAUAUAUUGGGCAAACACAUAUUCUUGGGCCAUCCACUAUACUCUCUCAAUUAUUACGUAAAUCUGAAAUACCAAAUAUAAUUCUUUGGGGACCACCUGGUUGUGGAAAGACAUCUCUGGCAAAUGUCAUAGCUCAUAUAUGUAAAAAUAAAUCAGAUAGUAAAAUGAGAUAUGUUAAGCUAUCUGCAGCAAUGGCUGGUGUUAAUGAAGUACGAGAAGUAAUCACUGUUGCUUCUAAUGAAUUAAAAUUUAAAAGACGUACAGUGGUAUUCAUGGAUGAAAUACAUCGUUUCAAUAAAGGCCAACAAGAUGUAUUUCUGCCUCAUGUUGAAUCUGGGACUAUUACAUUAAUCGGAGCUACAACAGAAAAUCCUUCAUUCAGUUUAAAUUCUGCACUUUUAAGUCGUUGCAGAGUCAUUGUUUUAGAAAAAUUAUCUGUACCUAACCUGAUAUCUAUAUUAACUAAAGCUGUAUCCUCGGUAGAAGGUGUAGUGUACAACUCAUCAAAAAAAUUAGAAGAUACUACAAAAGUACCCAAAUUCAUUAUAGAUGAACCAACCAUAGAAUGGUUGGCAGGAACAUCCGAUGGUGAUGCUAGAAUAGCUUUAGGUGGUCUUGAAUUAGCAAUUCAAUCUAAAAUACCUAAUGAGGAAGAAUUUUUAGAAACUGGUCCUGUAACAAUAACAUUGGAUGACAUUAAGGAAAGCCUUAAAAAGUCUCACAUGUUGUAUGAUAAAAAAGGUGAACAGCAUUAUGAUAUGAUUUCUGCUUUACAUAAAUCUGUUAGAGCAAGUGAUGAAAAUGCUUCCAUUUACUGGCUAACCAGAAUGAUAUUAGGCGGUGAAGAUCCAGUUUAUAUCGCACGAAGAUUAGUACGAAUGGCAUGCGAAGAUAUUGGUUUAGAAGAUCCAAAAGCUCUUGGAAUUGCCAUACAUACAAUGCAUGGCUGUAAAAUGAUAGGAAUGCCCGAGUGCGAUGUACUUUUAGCACAAUGUACAACGUACUUGGCAAGAGCACCAAAAUCAAGAUUAAUGGAAGAUGCUCUCAGAGCUGCUCAAAGAGUAGUAGCUGAACACAAAGGUCCUCAGCCAGGAGUACCCUUACACUUAAGGAAUGCUCCAACAAAACUGAUGAAAAAUCUUGGUAAUUAAUUUACCAUUAAAAAGACAACAACAUAUUUCAUGUAAAUUUUAUUUCAGGAUAUGGUAAAAACUAUAACAUGAGACAUAAAGAUGAGUCAGGACUAAAUUAUUUACCAGAAGGAUUAGAAAAUGUGAACUUUUUCGAUCAAAAUUAUAUCUCGUGAACAUAUAACUUUAAACUAAAAUUAAUAAAACGUACGAUAAUAAAGAUAUAUACAGUAUUACUUAACAAAUAAGCAACAUAAUGUAUUAAUUAUCAAAUCUGAAAUAUAUAUACAGUUUUUAUAUUA